AUGGAAGAAAGUACCAAUGAUCUGCUAAAGAAGUUGUUGAUUGACAACCAGCAACUCAGGACCGAUUUCAGAAAUCUUGAAAGGCAAAUGGGGCAAAACGGGAGGGAGCUAGAGGAAGUGCCAAAGAAAAAGAAAGACAAGCCUAUACCUGAGAGAGAGUUGAUCCCUAAAGUGACUCAAGAGCAAAAGAAUGUUGCUGAAGUUUCAGAGCCAGUGGAGGCCCCUAGACCACCACCACCUUUUCCCCAGAGAUUGCAGAAAAAGAAUGAUGAUCGCAUGUUCACAAAAUUCCUCUCUAUGUUGAGCAAGGUUCAAUUUAAUAUCCUACUCGUUGAUGUGCUUCGGGAAAUUCCAAACUUUAUGAUUCCUGUGCGUAUUGGUAAUGUUGAUGUGGGUCGUGCUCUUUGUGAUUUGGAGGCAAGAAUAAAUCUGAUGCCCCUGUCUUUGUUCAAACAAUUGGUUCUGGGAGCUCCAAGGCCAACUACUGUGAUGCAACUGGCUGAUAGAUCGAUAGCACACCCUGAAGGGGUGAUUGAAGAUGUGUUGCUGCAGAUUGGGAAAUAUAUCUUCCCGGUUGAUUUCAUUUUCCUCGAUUAUGAGGCUGAUGAACUGGUUCCAAUCAUAUUGGGGCAACUCUCUUAG